UGUCUCCUAGUGGCCUGUGACGUCAAGGGCGGUGCGGGAGGCGAGUUGGACUGUUCUCCCCGGGCGUCUGGAAGCGGGCACCCGGAGGGAAGAUGGUUUACAUCUCGAAUGGACAAGUGUUGGACAGCCGGAAUCAGUCCCCAUGGAGGUUGUCUUUUAUAACAGAUUUCUUCUGGGGAAUAGCAGAAUUUGUGGUUUUUUUUUUCAAAACUCUGCUUCAGCAAGAUGUGAAGAAGAGAAGAGGCUAUGGAAGCUCGUCCGGCUCCAGAUACGAUGAUGGAAGGGGGCCACCAGGAAACCCUCCACGGAGAAUGGGUCGAAUCAGUCAUCUUCAAGGCCCCAGCCCUCCUCCAAUGGGUGGUGGAUGAGGAAGGUAA